UUCUGAAUUUCCUGUAUCUGAAUUUCAUGAAUCAACAGAAACUUUAGGUAUCACAACUUCACACGAAAUGAAAUCUUCCUGCAAUGUAGAUAUUGUGGAUAGACUUAUCCAUCAUUAUUCUUCCUGGUAUCAGUUGAAAAGAUCAGUGGCAAUCUACCGCAGAUUCUUCAAUUUUCUUCAAAUGAAAUCUAAGCAAAACAGUGCUGAAAUGAAAGACAGAUGCUCAGUGAAUGCACCAUUGACUGUUCAAGAGCUUAAAGAUUCAGAAAGCAGUAUACUCACAUUUAUUCAGAAAGCAGUUUAUGGACCUGAAGUUGCCAUGCUUUCAGGACACAGAAAACAAGACAUUUUCAUGCAAGUUGCCAAUAAAUAGUUCAAUUCGAUGUUUGAAUCCAGUCAUCAUCAAUGGUUUGCUAUGUGUGGGUGGACGGUUAAGCAAGGCUGAUAUAUCUGAUGGGAUGAAGUAUCCAGCUCUACUGCCUCGUAAAAGUCAUGUAGCUUUACUCAUUGUUCGACAGAUCCAUGAGAGUUUAGGGCAUGUUGGCAGAAUUCAUGUCAUAUCUGCUUUGAGGGAAGAGUAUUGGAUUCCCAAUGCCAACUCUGCUGUGAGAAGUAUCUUGAACAAAUAUGUGGUUUGUAGAAGAUUUAAGAAGCCAACCAGUGUGCAGAUGAUGUCUGAUUUACCUGCAAGCCGUGUUCAGCCAUCACCACCUUUCACGUCUACUGGACUUGAUUUUUUUGGACCUCAUACUGUCAAGGAAGGACGCAAGAACGUGAAACGGUAUGGAGUUCUAUUCACUUGUCUUGCUAGUAGAGCUGUCCAUAUAGAGACUGCCAAUUCUCUAGACACCGACUCAUUCAUAAAUUCGCUUCGCCGUUUCAUUGCUCGUAGAGGACCUGUCAAAGAAAUCUUUUGCGACAAUGGUACAAACUUCGUAAGUGGAUCCAGAGAACUUCGCCAGACAAGAGAAGAUAUAGAUCAGUCUAAAACUCAUUCUUACUUCCUCAAACAAAACAUCAUCUGGAAGUUUAAUCCGCCCUCAGCUAGUCACAUGGGAGGUGCGUGGGAAAGAUUGAUAAGGUCGGUUCGGAACGUUCUCAAUCCACUCCUACAAGAAUUUGGUGAACGCCUUGAUGACGAGCUGUAUAGAAUUUUACUCUGUGAAGUUGAGGCCAUUCUCAAUUCAAGGCCUCUUACAACUGUAUCCAGUGAUCCCAAGGACCUCCACCCAAUCUCGCCAAAUCAUCUGCUUAUGGUAAAAGCAAGUGCUUAUAUCCCACCUCCUGGAGUGUUUCAGCCCUCUGAUGUCUUUGCACGUCGUCGAUGGAGACGGGUACAACACCUAGCUGAUGUCCUCUGGUCCCGCUGCAACACAGACAGAAAUGGCAUACUCCACAUCGCAACUUUCAGUAUAAUGAUGUUGUACUUAUCAAAGAUGACAAUUUCCCAAGAAGUGCCUGGUCCAUGGCUCGUGUCAGUAAAACUGAACCUGACAGUGCUGGCAAAGUGAGAAGUGUGGUACUCAAGACAAAAGACUCAGAACUUCGAAGGCCAAUUCACAAACUUGUCCUGCUUGUCCCAGCUGAUGCUGAAUAGUUAUAUACUGCAGUUGAAUAUCAUAGUUACAUCUUACAUUUCCUUUAUCUGUUAAAAACCUUAAGUGUGUUUAAAGGGCUGAGUGUGAAUAUGCCAAGAUGAAAGUUUUUUCUAUUGAUUAGGUUUAUGAUGUUAAUUUGUUCAGAUUCUCUCAUGCUUCUCUGUGGUCCAGAGGAUAAAGAUGUGGACUAAAAAUCCAGUAAGGUUGUUGGUUGUGAGUUCAAACCCAGGUUUCAGCAAUGAGUUUUUUGUAUAAUCUGAAAUGUAUAUUGAAGCCUCAGUUUCACUUCUUCCUGUCAUGUGAUCAGGUGUGAGCACACAAUCCCCAUGCAUUAGAUGUACAUGUGCUGUGUGAUCCUCCAUGUUGCCUGCCGAUUGUCACAGUCUGUAUGAAAGUAUGUUGGAGCACAAAUUUUUCUAAACCU